AUGCAGGUUUUUACUAUAAUCGCGCUGGUUUUCGCAGCAUGCAGCGUUCACGCAAAAGUCUUUUUUCGGGAGGAGUUUUUAGACGGGGAUGAAUGGAGGAGUCGGUGGGUGGACUCCAAACACAAGUCUGACUAUGGAGAAUUUAAACUCGCAGCUGGGAAUUUUUACGGAGAUGCAGAGAAGGAUAAAGGUCUGCAGUCAAGUCAAGAUGCUCGUUUCUAUGCAACCUCUGCCCGUUUUGAGCCAUUUAGCAAUGAAGGCAAAUCCCUUGUGAUCCAGUUUACUGUCAAGCAUGAGCAGAAGAUCGACUGCGGUGGUGGCUACGUAAAAGUGUUUCCUUCUGACAUGGAUCAGACAGAUAUGCACGGAGACUCCACAUACUACAUCAUGUUUGGUCCAGACAUCUGUGGCUACAGCACCAAGAAAGUCCAUGUCAUUUUUAACUACAAAGGAAAGAAUCACCUGAUCAAAAAAGAAAUUAAGUGCAAGGAUGAUGAGUUGAGUCACCUGUACACUCUGAUCCUGAACCCAGAUCAGACUUAUGAAGUGAAAAUUGACAAUGAGAAGGUAGAAUCUGGCACUCUGGAGGAGGACUGGGACUUCCUGCCGCCCAAGACAAUUAAGGACCCUGAAGCAAAGAAGCCAGAGGACUGGGAUGACCGUGCCAAGAUCGACGAUCCCGAGGACUCUAAGCCUGAGGACUGGGACAAAGCUGAGAACAUUCCUGACCCUGAUGCCAAGAAGCCUGACGACUGGGAUGAGGAUAUGGACGGAGAAUGGGAACCGCCCAUGAUUCCCAACCCAGAGUACAAGGGCGAAUGGAAACCCAAACAAAUUGACAACCCCAACUACAAAGGAACUUGGGUGCACCCAGAGAUCGACAACCCAGAGUACAUCCCCGACGCCAACAUCUACAAGUUCGAGAGCAUUGGUGUGCUGGGACUCGACUUGUGGCAGGUGAAGUCUGGUACCAUCUUCGACAACUUCCUCAUUACAGACGACGUGAAGGAAGCAGAAGAUAUUGGAAAUGAAACAUGGGGUGCAACAAAGGAGCCAGAGAAGAAGAUGAAGCAGGAGCAGGAUGACGUGAAACGCAAAGAGGAAGAGGAGAGGACCAAGGCCCAGGAAACCGAAGAAGCCGACGAGGAGGAUGAUGACGACGAGGAUGAAGGCGGAGAGGAGGAGGAAGAUGAGGAGGAAGACACUAAAGAUGAAGAGGAACUUUCGGAAUCCGACGAAGCCGCAAAACUCCAAGACAAAGACGAGCUCUGA